GAAUGCGCCGCCGCGUGCCGAGCCGGCCUUUCCUUGGAAGCGCCGCUGUAUCCCGGGAACGGGCAAUUCCAGCCGCUCUCCGAGAGCAUCCGCAGGUACGUCAUGAGCCACUUCCGAUGGAAUAAAUUCGGGAACGGGAACAGCAGCAGCGGCUCCAAACGGGAAGAGGGAGCCGGGGACAUCCCGAAUUCCCAGCGGCGGGAAGAGCCGGGAGCCGGGAGCCCCAUUCCCGGCGGGAAGGAGGAAGGGAAGCGCUCGUAUUCCAUGGAGCAUUUCCGCUGGGGAAAACCCGUGGGCCGCAAGAGGAGACCCGUCAAGGUGUAUCCCAACGGCGUGGAGGAGGAGGGGGAGGAGGAGCAGGAAUACCCGCUGGAAUUCCGGCGGGAGCUGGGGGAGGGAGGGGACGGCCGGGAGGAAGGGAAGGAAAGGCGGGAAGAGGGAAAAUCCCGUUGGGAAUCGCCGCUGGAUAAACGCUACGGGGGGUUCAUGGGCUCGGAGAAGGGCAGGACCCCGCUGGUGACGCUCUUCAGGAACACCCUGGGGAAAAGCGCCUCCAAGAAAGGGCAGUGAGGCGGGAAAAAUUCCCGCCGGGAAUUCCCUCCCCCUUCUCCCCCACCCCCAUCCUCCCGGAGCUUCAGCGUCCCGCGGGAAAAUCCCAAAGGAUUUCGGGAUUUUUUUAACUCCCUCCCGCUCUUCCCUCCCCCCCCCUCGUUCCCGGAGUUUUGGCGCCGCUUCCCUUGGAAAUCGCUCCUGGGAUCCCGGGAUUUAGGGGAGGGGGGAGGGCGGGAAUUUGGGGUUGGAGCCCUUGGAUGCGCGCGGGGAGCGGGGUCGGCUCCCGAAUCCCGGUGGGAUGGGUUUGGGAUCCCCCCCUUCCCCCCCCCCGAGCUGUAAAAUACUGUAAAUGAGGCGGAAAACUUGGAAAAUAAAUCCAAAUCCUAAUUAA